GCCCAGAAGCGAAUUCCAGGGUCAUAAGGUCGUUGCAUCACUUUUCUGGGAGAUGCCUGAAUAGGCCAGCUCAGCUAGCCUGAAAAGUCUCAGACCCUGGAAUGGAGGGGAAAUGAGUGGUAGGAGAGCAGAGACCAGUGUGUUUUCCUUGAUGUGGCUGUCACCAUCCCUGGAAAAGUUCUGCUAGAAUAAACGACUGUAAGAACAACAAGGGACCUGGACCACUUCCCUCUGAUAAGCAAUAAAUACCAGAAAGAAGUGACUUGGUGGAAGUUGCAGGGAGAUUUAAAGAAGAGUAAUUAGAAGACAUCCAAACACCAGCAUCGCAAAGAGAUAAAAAGAAAAGUCCAAGUGGAUCUUACUUCUGGAGUGAGAUGGAUGGAGAAGCCCCAACUAAGCCCAGAGAACAGAAGGUCACCAACCAGAGGGCAGGCUGGGCACCCCUCCUCCUCACACUGUGCCUGCUGCAAGCUGCAAAUGCUUUGAAGGGCCCAAGGCUGGUAUCCGGGCAGGUUGGGGGAGAAGUCACCAUCAGGUGUCAUUACCACCCCACGCCCAUCAACAGGCACCAGAGGAAGUACUGGUGCCGCCUGGGCCCCCCAACGUGGAUCUGCCACACCAUUGUGUCCUCCGACCCCUACACCGACCUUCACUACCAUGGCCGCGUGGCUCUCACGGACUUCCCACGGGACGGCGUGUUUGCAGUGAGGCUGUCUCGGCUGUUCCCAGAGGAUGUGGGGUACUACCGCUGUGGCAUUGGGAACAGAAACGACAUGCUGUUCUUCAGUAUGACUCUGACCAUCUCUGCAGGUCCUUCCAGCAUCAUCCCUACAGCCACUCUGGCUACUGAAGAGCUUGCCACGAGGUCCUUUGGAACAUCUCCGAUGGCCAACAGAUGGAUCCCAGGAGCCACCCAGACUAUAGAAGGACAGGGGACAGGUUGGGACAGAGUUGCUCUGACUUCAGAAACUAGCAAAAUGACAGAUCCAACUAAGGGAGGACAAACCUCAGGAACAAUGGGGGCAAUAUUUCUAGGGACAGGCAGCUGGGUGAAGGGUUCCAUUAGAGCAACUGUUCCCAUCCCGGAGACUCAACAGGCUUUGAAAAGCAGAGGUAUGUCCAAUGCAACAGAAGGUGUGUGGGUGUGGGGCAACAAAAACUCAGUGGCAAAUAGGGCUAGGGAAAGCAAGGGAGGGAGGAAGAUAGCAACCACCAAAGCUGACAGGCAAAGAGAAGAAACAAAGAGGGUCAGAAUAGACCUAGUUGGAGCCUGGACAGUUAUAGGAACCAUCAAGCCAUCAACCCUGGUCUCAGAGAAAUGGGCCUGGGAAAACUUCCAAGAGGCAACACCAGUUUCUAGGCAACGAGCUUUGGGCUCCAUUGAAACAACCCCAGCUCCAGGCAUGUGGACCUUGGAAACCACCAGCACAGAGACAGCGUCUGCAGAGGGAAGCACUGAAGGACAUCCAGCAGUUGCUGCAGGAGACAGUGGUCCCCAAGCAACACCAAGCCAGGCCCUGGCAGCAGGGCCCCAGAGGCCCCCUGGCAGGGGCUCCUCCUUGGAGAGUUCAUCUCCAGAAGAGAAAAGUCUGGCUGGGAUCCUGACUCCAGUGUCUGCAGUGCUGGUGCUGUUUGUGCUUGUGGCCCUUUUUCUAUUGCAGAAGAAGCUCUGGAGAAGGAGGACCUCUCAGAAGGCAGAAAGGACACCAAGAGUCAUCCUGAUCCAGAUGACACGUUUCCUGGGGCUGAGCCUCCAACCAGACAAGAUGCCCCACGUGGAAAGGCAGAUGCUCCUGGAUGACUCCCCUCCUACCCAUGCCAGCCUGACUGUCCUGGCGAGGGACCCAGGACCCUGAAGAGUGGAAGGAUAAGCUUCUUAGUCACCACGAAAGGCAGAACCAGGACGGGCCAGCACCCUCUUCUUAGCAUCUCUCCUCCACCUGUAUGAAGGGAAGCUAAUGGAGCUGGUGCUCUAUCUGAGGAAGGGAAGGCUGGCUGGGGUGGGAGGGGGUGAGGAGCAUAUUGAAUAAUUAUCCUUGGGCCUAAGAAAGUCAGGCAGAAGUCACAGUCAUAGGUGACAGUAUGACUCAAAGAAGGCUUCAAGAAAGAAUUCACUACACUGAAAAAGGUCAUGCAGGGAAAGCGUAGAAUUUCCAUUCCUAGAGAUUUGAAAAUAGGAGGCUGCAGACCAGUGUAGAGAACUACAAAGCCUCAACUAUUAUUCCCAGCCCUCACUGGGCUCUGCUUUUCAGUACUCAGCCUCCUCUACACAUUUUAAUUAUAUCCCUCUUGCAUAUCACAGCUUGUUUCAUGUAUAUGAGUCUUUGCCUCCUCUAGUAGACUCUAAGCUCCUUAAAGGCAGCAAUUAUGUUUUAUCCAACUCACUGUGUUCCAGAAAAAUUUCCAAUUUAAUAGGACCCCAAUAAAUGUUUGUGAUUGAU